UCAGGAGGAGGAGAGGAGGACUUUAUAUCAUCAGGAGGAGGAGAGGAGGACUUUAUAUCAUCAGGAGGAGGAGAGGAGGACUUUAUAUCCUCAGGAGGGAGGAGAUGAUGAUUAACUUUUCAGAAUUGAGCUUUUCCUUUGAAAGUCCUUCACCAUCAGGACUCCUGGACGACCCCUCAGUUCCCCACCUGUCCUCUAGAGAAGCUCUCCUGUCCUGGAAGACACCUGGAACACCACCUGGAGUCUGAACUCCCUCCAGGACCUCUGUGAUCACCUCAACCAACACCAACAACUCCCCAAAUAUUCUCCAUCAGCUUCCUUCAGAGGUCCGCUGGCUUCACCUGCUGGGCUCCAUCACUCACAGGCCGAGGUGCCUGUUUAAAGUCACCGUCUGUGUUCCUUGGAUGCAUCUGUAGCCCAGCAGGUGAGCCCUUUAACACGGGGAGGUGCUGCGGGUCGCCACAUCUAUUAUUGUCUGCGGCAGCCGGACGCACUGACGGUGCGGGAGUGGUGCGUGCACAGGUCUGGAGAGUCAUCUCCUCCAUCAUAUUAAUGGGAGAAUAAUGUGAUUGAUUGGUCAUCUCCCAGGGGAAAUGGUCCUCUCUGCUUCCUGACACCGUCAGACUCAUCAGGCUACUCGCAGCUGACUCGGGGAGGAUUCCUGCUCAAGAGCCCGUCAACAGGGUGAGUGCUGGUCCAGCUCAGGGGGGUUCAACCCGGGUUUUCUUUACCCCACCGCUGCUGUGUUGCUCUCAGCUUCCUCGGUGGGGACUAAAGAGGCGGAGGAGGACGAGGAGGAGGAGGAGGAGGAGGAGGAAGGGGAGAGGAAGAGGGGGAAUCCGGCGCUUCAGGACGGCUGAGUCCCGGUGCGAUGCAUGGAGGCUGCUUGGAAAUGCUCCCCGGGUCUCCGGAGCGCAUGAGGCGGUUCCAGCCGACCGACGGGCCGCAGCACCGGGGGGAUCCACAGAGCCGCCACACCAUAGGUUCGAGGCACAUCCUCCCCACAGCACCGUGAUCUGGGAGCCUAAAGGCUGCAUCACUUCUGCGCCGCAGCGGUGGAGGAUUUGUGUGGCUGUCGGGGCGCAUCUAUGCAAUUUUUGUUUCGACUUUUCAUUUUAUGAUGAGCACAGAGGAGGGAGAGGCGGGUUCAGCCUGCGAGGAGGCGAGGGGAGGCACUGCCGUCACCCACCGCCACACCUGGGAUGAAGGCGAACCGCACGGCUGCCAAGGACGUCCGCGCCCCGCCGAGGAGGACGAGGCAGCGCAGGGCGAGGAGGCAGAGGAUGCAGAGGAUGCAGCGGAGGGAGAGGAGGCAGAGGGCUGCCGGGAGGGCCGGAGCUGCGGGGAUGCAUGCGGGGGGGACAACGCGGGGAAUAUUUCCAGUGAGGACGGGGCUGUCGGGGGCACAUCGAGCAAGGCACAGACGAUGCAUUCAAACUGCAGCAGCGAAACCUGCAUCCCCACUCCCAGCUGCCGGAUCUGCUUCCAGGGCGCAGAGCAGGGCGACCUGUUGAACCCGUGUCGGUGCGACGGCUCGGUGCGUUACACCCACCAGCACUGCCUGCUGAAGUGGAUCAGCGAGCGAGGCUGCUGGACCUGCGAGCUGUGCUGCUACCGCUUCCACGUCAUCGCCAUCAACAUGAAGAGACCGUGGCAGUGGCAGUCCAUCACCAUCACGCUGGUGGAGAAGGUGCAGAUCAUCGCCGUGUUCCUGGGCUCUCUCUUCCUGGUGGCCAGCAUCUCCUGGCUGCUGUGGUCAGCGCUCAGCCCGCAGGCCGUCUGGCAGCGCCGAGACAUCCUCUUCCAGAUCUGCUACGGCAUGUACGGCUUCAUGGACCUGGUCUGCGUAGGCCUCAUCGUCCACGAGGGGGCGGCAGUGUACAACGUCUUCAUGCGCUGGCGGGCCGUCAACCUCCACUGGGACGUUCAGAGCUACGAUAAGGCGAAGGACAUGGAGGAGUCGAGCACUGGCCAUUCCUCGCUGGGCCCCAGGACACUCUGGUUGCCUCUGGUCACCUUUGGGCCCAACGGUCCGUUACACCCCACCCAGCUGGGCCCACAGCCAUGGACCUGCCUCUGUUUGGCCCCCUUCUGCCCCGCCCUGUUUCCCCAAAACAACCUCAGCCAGGACAGUGACUCAGGAGAGGUGGUCAUUCGUGUAACAUCGGUGUAACACCAGGCCGUAUUUAUGCAGGAACAAAACAUCUGAAGGUUCACGCUGGGCGGCAUCAGUCUGGUCUCCUCUGGACUGUUCACACUCACUCACACACACGAUUGUUUUUGGGUUUCCUGGUUACUGAAUAUUUCCUGUUGAGUUAGAAUAGUUGUCUCUUCUGGGGCCGGUCCUCAAAUCAACCUCAGCAGCGAACAUGACUCACUCGUGGUGUUGUUGCCUUUGUGUUUGACGGACCUGUGACCCACUCUCACCUCUCGAGCAUUUAUAACAGGUGUCAUGUCGGUUCAGGACUGCAGACGGUCAGUGUGGCUCUACAGCUGAUCUGAGACGUCCAUGAUGGUUUCAGGAUCUUCUGCAUUAUUCAGUAUCACAUGUCUGAGUUUGAUCACUUGAAGUGGAAAUGACUGUUAAAUUGGAUUAUUUAUUAGAUCUACAGGUUGAUCAAUACAAAGACAUAAACACAG